AUGGAGCCCGUCGACCUCGUACCGAGCGGGUACAGGUUCCUUCCCACGGCGGAGGAACUCGUGGUUGACUACCUUGCAAACUGGGUCACCGGCAAACCCCUCCCUGGCUGCGCUGUCGCCUUCGCCGACGUCUACGGCACCGAGCCGUGGAAUCUUCUCUGCAGCGAUCGGCAUGAAGGCUAUUUCUUUGCGGAGCGGAAGCCUAAGAACAACGGCGGCUUGCGCGUGGAUAGAAAGGCUGGCAGCGGUUCUUGGACUCUGUACAACAAUCAAGAAACCGUUAAGUCCAUCGUCGGCGGGCGCGAGAUGGUGGUGGGACGAAAAAGCUGCCUAUCCUUCAACGAUGGCCGUCGGAAGAACUCCGGGUGGACAAUGUACGAAUAUCAGAUGUGUUCAUCCGGAUUCGAGAGACGAGUUCUCUGUCACGUUAAGAGAAGCUCGCAUCAGGCCAUCUCCGGAGGCACCACCAUCAAAACGGUUGAGUCCACCUUCACGGAGGCCGCGACAGACACGGUCACCGGCGACAGCUUCGUUGGGCGGAAGAGAAACAGAGAGGAAUCUUCUACUCUCUCAGCGAAAGCCUCGACUCUCUCAAAGAAGCCAUGCUGGGGGUUGGUUGCACAUUCCAGCACAGCAUUGCUGAUCGACGCUUCGCCACCUCCAACCGCGGUUGUCCAAUUUCCCUUAUUGGCUGCUGUUACACCCCCGGAGAGUCAUCAUUCCUCGGUCGACUCUGUUGCACCGAACGAAGCCGGAGUCCCAGCCGCCUCUCCAUCGUCAACGGACGUUGGUGGAGAGCUCGUGAUAACUGCGGAAGAUCUCGAAGCAUUCUUGGCUUCGUAUUCGUCGUCGGUCGAUCAGAACUGCACCGACGAUGCUUUCAUCACCAGAGACGUUGAAGCCUUCGUCGUCUCACCACCUCCAACCGCGGUUGUCCAACAUCCACCCCCGGAGAGUCAUCUUUCCUCCGUCGUCUCCGUUGCACCGAACGAAGCCGGAGUCCCAGCCGCCUCUCCAUCAUCAACGCCCGUGAUAAGUGCGGAGGAAUUCGAAGCAUUCUUGGCUUCGUCGUGGGUCGAUCAGAACUGCACCAGAGAGGUUGAAGCCAUCCUGAUCUCGGAUGACACCGACACAGCCUCGACUACCAUCCCGAAGGCCACGCCGUCAGACCUCGUCGAUCUUCUGGUGAUGCCCGAUGACACUCGGAUUGAUUCGACCACGGUCGCAGAGGUUCCCUCGUCAGCGUCGUCGAUAGACUUGGUUGCGUGUGAGCAGAUGUAUAGCACCGACUUCUUCACGAGCCUGGAACAUGUCCAUGAUUUCUUGAUGUCCGAUGACCCCUUCACCUUCACUGCCUCGACCACGAUCCCAGGGGCCUCGCUGGGACAAUGCCCGCUGCAAGCCUCGUUGAUGUAUGGCACCAACACUGAUUCAACCACGAUCGCAGCGGCUUCGUCGUCGUCAUCAUCGAUCGACAUUGUUUGGUGUGAGCAGACGGACAACAUAGAUUAUAAUGUCCGAUGA